AUGGAGUCAGGGAGCAAUGCAACCCAUGUGAUCGAUCCAGACGGAAAUGUAAUGAUCAUCUUACAGAACGCAAACAAGCCCUUUGCUGCUUCCAGCGAGGAAUCCAACCCCCCCAAGAAGUGCAAGACGUCUCAGAAUCAAGAGUUCCGCAUUUUAGUUUCUGCAAGCCACCUCACCUUUGUGUCACCGGAGGGCCUUACACUCUGCACUGCAGGCUCAGUCAAUAUCACCGCGGACGGUUGGGAUCUCGAGGCAUUUCUAAUUCUGUUGAGAAUCUGUCACUGCAAGCACCACCAAGUUCCUCGAACGCUUAGCCUUGAAUUACUUGCGAAGAUCACUGUUUUGGUGGAUUACUAUGAGUGCUUCGAUGUUCUGCGAUUCUUCGCGGAUACGUGGAUUAGCUGCUUAGAGCAGGACUUUCCAACGCAAUACUCGCGAGACUUGCUGCUAUGGGUGUGGAUAUCUUGGGCUUUAAAACUGCCUGCUCUCUUUCAACAGGCAACGGGGGUCGUUAUAAACCAAGCCACGGAUUCAGUUACGGCGCUAGGUUUACCAAUCCCGCAGAAGAUCAUCGACAACAUCAACAGAAAGAGAGAAUCGAUAUUUCAGUAUACAUUUGCCACGCUAGACAACCUUCAAAAAUCUCUCAUUGAUGGAAGGAAAGGUUGCUCUCCUGGAUGCAGGUCAAUUAUGCUUGGUACUUUGAUGAUACAGAGGCGUUCGAACGGUUUACUCACGUCAGAUGGCACAGCACCUCUUGCAGGUUUAAAGGCUGGUGACCUUGUGACAAAAGUGGGUAAACUUAGUCCCCCAGCAUGGCAUCCAGGACAUAAUUACUUUUCUAAAUGUCAUGAGGGUAUCUUGUCUAGCAUGACUUCGGAACUGAAGCUAAGUCUCCGGGGUCUUGAUCUUCAAUACCAAACAACUUAA